AUGGCUUCGGCACGGCUGCAGCAUCUUCGGAGGUUCGUCCAAACAGACCUUGAUGCUCUUCCUGACCGCCCCGUGUCUCCACAACCUGAGCCCAACCCAGAACCCAAACCUGACCAUGCCAGCUACGACAACUCCACUGGCGGUGUAUCGCUGGAGAACGCACCGCCGAAUGCGCCCGCUAGCAAACAAGACUCAACUAGUAAGAUCGGUACGUCCAUAAAGGCACCGCCUGCCGUCGAGAACACCGAGCGCCGAUACGUCUGGGUCAAAGACGCCGAUAGCUCCUUCAACCCAAACCUGGACUCGAUGCGCCUGUCCACCGCCUCAGCCCCAGCUCCUCGAACUGAUGCCGCUGGUCUUCCGGCUACCGAUCUUCAACGUGGCGACCUAGCCUCACCUCGCCAUCACUUCACACCCAUCCAGGCACUAUCGAAGUUCCCCUACAAGUACUGCGAUAAGAGUCAUAUGCAAGAAAUUGCAUCUGCCUUCUUUGAUCAAGGAAAGUUUUGGCAGCGAGAGUGGGACCUGUACUACGUCUGGAACAUCGAAGAGACCCCCAAGCCCUUCGUACUCGUUCGUGAGAGUCAAGUUCUAGCCUUGCUUGGUGAGAUCAACAAGCACCUAAAUCUCUCUUUGAGGAUCAGCGACCAGCAGCGCGAGGAGGUAACAUUGCCCGCUCAUACGCACUACCUGAAGUUUCAGACUAACUGUCAUCUCCAGGGCCUACUCGUGCAAUUCCCUGAUCAUCCCCGCUGCUUGCCUCGAUACCUUGGACGUUCGCACUCGCGCGAAGACGUCGAUAGCAUGGCCGAGAACGCCCCCAACGAGCACUUCCGCGCGGCAGGCGAAUAUUCACACCCACCGCUUCAACAACCCACUCUGGAGAACUUCAAGCAACUGAUGGAGAACCUCGCUGAAGCGCAGAAGGCGAAGAACAAGGCAAACAAAGCAAAGAAGCAGCAAGAGCGACUGGGCAAGAACAAGUCAAUGACCGACCAGUUCAAACGCGCGUCAAGGUAUCUCGGUUUCCGCGAUUCUAUCCAGGAUCCUAGGUCGUCUACCUUGUCUCUUGCAGUCGAUCCAUCCCAGCCAGCUCCAUUCCCCUUCGAUCAGUCUGUCGUCUUUGUCUGUGUUGAUGUUGAGUCGUAUGAGAGGGCCCAUCACAAGAUUACCGAAGUUGGUGUCGCCACCUUGGAUACACGCGAGCUGGUCGGUGUUCCGCCUGGCAAGGACGGGGAAGCCUGGAGAGAGAAGAUCCGUGCCCGUCACUUUCGCAUCAAGGAACAUCGUCACCUGGUCAAUUCCGAGUUCGUUGCUGGACAUCCUGACAGCUUCAAGUUCGGCCACUCGACCUUUAUAUCACUCAAAGAGGCUGCGAGUCAUGUCGCGGCCUGUUUCCACGCACCUUUCGCAGCCCAAGACGACGAAGACUUCCUUAGCCACUUUGAUCCUACUGAGAAGCGUAACAUUGUCUUCCUCGGUCAUGAUACUCUGGGAGACGUUCGGUACCUCCAACAGCUUGGAUACGACCCGAUGAAGGUAGAGAACAUCCUCGAGGCCAUGGACACCGCGACUAUGUACAAAGUCUGGCGUCGGGAGCAGCAGCCUACCAAUUUAGGCCGGAUCAUGAAUGCCUUCGAUGUCCCCGCGUGGUUUCUUCAUAACGCAGGCAACGACGCUGUAUACACCGUGUGGGCUAUGCUAGCCAUCUGCGUGAAGGAGGCUACACUCCGCGGCUCACCAGAGUUGGAUGAUCUGCGAGAGAACGAGAUGAAUGCUAAACUCCAGGCUGCUCUUGAGGAUGCCGAGCAGAGGGUCAAGGACGAUGCCGAGGGCUGGAGCGAUCAUGAGGCGACUGGAGACGGCGGCGUACCUGUACCCCUUGCGACUGCUCUUGCACCAAAGCUGGAACAGCCCGCGGCGAAGGCUAUCCCGCAGUAUGAUGGUUACUCGGAUUUCGGCUCUCGUGGACGUGGUCAGAUGGAAGGUUAUAGUCAGUCUGGCGGAGGAACCAGGUCUCGUGGACGGGCAGGUAGUCAUUUCCAAGGAAGUAGUCGCGGUCGUGGCCGUUCAGACUCGCCCAGGGGUGCGUCUCGGCCAGAGGCCAUUCCCAAGGUGGACUACCACUGGUAG